AUGGCCACUUGCAAAGCGGUACAAGCAAUUUUAAAAGUAAAUAAGUUGGCUGCUUUAUUAAGAUUUAUUGCGCAAGGUUCUUAUCAGUUAGGAAUAGGUAACGAGGGCAUUGUUGGAAUGGCGCAGUCAACACUGUCCGUAAUAAUUAAUGAAGUAUUGAAUGCAUUGGAGAGCACAAUUUGUCCUAAGUAUGUUUCAUUUAUAAAUACAGGAGCAGAAACUUGUGCGACAAAGCUUUAUUUUUAUGAAAAAUGUGGUAUUCCGGGCAUCAUUGGCGCUAUUGAUGGUACACAUAUAAAAAUUGUAUCAUUAAAAAACACACAACAUCUAUAUUUCUGCAGAAAAGGAUAUCACAGCAUAAAUGCUAUGAUUGUAAGUAUAUAUGAGUUAAUGUUCGAACACAUGCCAAAUUAA